UUACUUGAAUCAGUAAGCCAGCACUAUGUCAUCAGCACUCAACAAGAAUACAACAUCAUGUCUUACAAGCACACUCCUUCCGGAUACUGUCACAGUUGCUGCCACUCCUCUGAUCGCAUGGACAGCAUUAGUAAUCCUUGGAUCCAUUACUUCCAACAACAUUCUAUCUGCAUUGAGCCUGAAACGGUCUAUCAAAGAAUUGCUCACCGGAAGAUCUUCCAAGCUUGAUUUCAUUGACAUAUUUCGAUGCGUCGCAAUUAUAUGGGUUAUGAUCAACCACACUGGAGGUCGUGGAAGAAUUGAUGUCCUGGAAGGACUAUCAUCAGCAGAAGCGUUUACAAGUGCAAUGCAUAAUCAUCCAAUUUUUGGAGCUCUCAUGGGAAACUCUGCUCUUGGAGUUGAAAUUUUCCUUGUACUCUCGGGACUUUUGGCAGCUAGAUCCUGGCUUCGUAAAGCCGAUGAGCCAUUCUUCCAACAUUGGAUAACGUUUAUCAUUCGUCGGAUCCUUCGAUUAGCUCCAGUCAUGUUUAUUUUUAUUUACAUUGCAAUUGGUCCUAUUAUGAAGAAAUUCCUUCCAAGAUUCACAUUUUCUUCGGUGUCGUCGUGUGGGUUUUGGAACAUUAUCUCACUUUUCACAUUUACGGGAAACUUACAAACAUCACCUACUUGUAUGACAUAUAUAUGGUAUUUGGGACUUGACAUGCAACUUUACAUGGUUGCUUCAAUCUUCUUGAGUCUUCUUCACAAGUCUCCAAAACGGGGAAUUGUUCUCACUAUUACCACUAUAAUUGCCUCUAUGUUCAUCCGUGCGGGUUACUGUACCGCCUAUGGAACUUGCAACCACAGUGAUGUGGAUGUAGCGUUUAUAACAAAACCAGGACAAGAUCCCGCAGUUUUAGCAAGAUCUUAUGAAGGACUGUGGUUAAUUUAUUCAAGGCCAUAUACCAAAUGUGGUCCAUUUCUUAUCGGGCUUCUUCUAGGAUAUACCACUGUUUCCAGUAAAUAUAUAAUGUCUGAUGCUUUAACCAAGAUAGUCUUCCGUUCCAGUCUCUUUGUCGCAAUCGCCACAAUCUACGCAAUUCUCCCAGAAUACUGGAACCCAAAUGCUGGAAAUACUCUUUAUAAUACAGUUUACACGGCAGUAUUCCGAUCUGUAUUCGCAAUGGCUAUUUCUGGAAUGAUUGCAGCAAUGUAUUUCAAAGAAGGGUGUUCUUCAACACCUCUUGUGUUCUCUAUACUUGGUAAGCUGACUUUCAACACGUAUCUCCUUCAUAUGCCAGUUGUCUACACCUUCAAUUGGCUAUCAUUUCUUCAAACUGCCACGUCACCAAUUGAGCUAUUUCUCGUUAUUCCGUUUAUUGCAAUGUUGUCUUAUGUUGCGGCUUUGUUUUUUUACCUUUUCGUUGAAGCACCAAUGGGAAAUCUGAUGUCCCAGUCCGCACGACGUUUGGGGUUAUAACAAAUUAUUUUUCAUAACAACAAUAUGUCUUGUAUGGUUGUUAUGCAUAAGCAUUCUAUAUAUUUUUUAUAUUUUAGGUAGGUUUUCGCUUCAUAAAUAUUUUCAGUGAA